AUGCCGUUUCGAAUACCCCGUCGUGAUCCUACAUUGACGACUAGCUAUGCAUCAAAUGCACACACUACCAUGUCAUCACCUCAAGACCCCUCACGCAAAGUUUUGGUGGACGAUGAGGAACUUCUUGCUCGUGUUCAUGAAGCCAAAUCUUCUGUCGCUCUGAAAAAUGCUCUCUCUGAUCCACUUGACGCAUGGGAUUCCACCAAACACACUUCGUCCAUACGUCUUGGCUCUGGCUUGGGACGUGAGAUUUUUGAGCUCUCAGCUCGUGCUUCAGGUAUCAAUGGCAAUGGGUACGAGGUGCUGACCGUUGGGUGCAUUGCAUGUAGUCGUCAAGAACUACUUUCCAUAUUGAGUCCACCUGACGAGAUCGAAUACAAUGCUGCGAUGAAAGGACUAUACGGUCGUAAGUUUAUUUAUGGCUCUGUCGUGCAGACAUUGAAUGCAAACCAGUUGAAAGGUUCAAUGCCUGAUGGUGACCAACUUACAGUAAGAACGGGGUGCUUUGCACGUUCGAAGAUACUCGCGCACAAUGAGCAAUGGUGUUAUCUCGAGUACUUUCAGCCAACGACUGAUUCCGUGACCGACUCCUUGUCGUCGCCAACUACGUCUCAAGGAUUUUCGAUUACGUGCCUUUCAUUGUCAGAGCAAGAACUUGCAGUGGGCAAGGUCAUUGGACGUCGUGUCGACCAAAUUGACGGUAUCACGGUUCUCCUCGUUGUUGAUACUGUGCCUGCAGUGUAUAAAGAUGUAAGUGACGGUAAAUUGACCAAGUUACGCGUGAUGUUUCAUGCAAUGUACACGGGGCAUAAAGAGCCUGUUGCCGGUCAUGCAAGUGAUAAGAUGGUGCGUGCUAGACUAGUGGCUUUAGCUGAGGGAAUUCCACGUCUUCCGGUAGUUGUGCGGCGUCGUCGUUUGGGAAUCCAAGUGUUUGCGAAACAAUCGGUCGAUGUGCCUGUACCUGCGGCCGAAGCUCAAAAUUGGCGAUGCAUCUCGUGCACAAAAGGUCUUCGUCUGACUGCAUUAGUACGUCGCACCCGCCGAUGCCAGCUUUGCGCUUACAAUGUAUGCACGGCGUGUUGGUCUAGUGAAAACAUUGAAAAUAGCAACGGUCUGGUCGUGACAAUGGGUGUCUGCAAUCGCUGUCUCGAGUGGGUAGACCGUUGUGACUACUCAAACGUUCAACGAGGCCGUCAAGGAACUGUCCAGAUUAUUGACGACCCCGAACCAAGCGAAAUCUCGUUGAGAAGACCACCUGUCGGUCAAAGUUUACGCGAUGAUCUUGCAGUUGAGAGCACAAAAGAAGCUGCAGUGACAGUGAUCAGGAUGCUCUUGAAUCGUUCAAAGACAGCAGCCAAUGCUCCUUACAACAGUAUUACCGAGAGAGCUGGAAGUGAUGUAGAUGACGAAGAAAUGUAUAUGUCAGCCGUAGAAGAAUACUUCCAGAGACGAGCAAGCGAGGCACCAGCUGCUGCCGACUGCGUACUGGCAAAUGCCAAGCAGCGGACGUAUCCAUUGCACCCUAUGGACCCAGGAUCUCCUUCCGCCCCAAUGCCCGAGAACGAAACUGCACGACUGGCGUGCAUUGACAAUUUAAAGUUUAUGGACAUCAACGACCCCAUGCCCGAGUUGGACAUCAUUUGCUCUUUCCUGAGUAAAGAGCUUGGGUUUUUCUGCACGAUGAUUACGAUCGUGGGCGCGACACACCAGUUGGUUCUGAGCUGUACGAUACGUGACCUCGUGCAAGCCAAGCUGCCUCGUGAACAUACCUUUUGCCAGCAUUUGCUCAUGGGCGACGCACCCAUUAUCAUUCGCAAUCCCGAAGCAGAUAUUCGCUUCUACAAUCUAAAUCCCGUGAUGCGCCAAGGUGUCAAAUACUACUGCGGAAUUCCCAUUAUGGGUCCAGAUCGGAUCAUGGUAGGCUCGAUUUGCUGUGUACACAAUUCUGCAAUGGAUGUCACACGUUCACAGUACGAUACACUCGUGCGAUUUGGCGAAAUUGCGUCAAAGAUCAUUCGAGUCAAGGCCGAAGCAAAGCUGCAGUUUGUAAACAAGAGCGAGAGCAUCGAGAAAGAAAACGUCUAA